CUCCUGAUCUGGUCAACCCCCCCCCCCCCCCCCCCCCCCACUGCUGCAAUGGCUGCGAUUACCAGGCUGAAGCUUCUCCUAGACCACCUACACCCCGACCUUAAAGCCUCUCCCACAUCUGCAGAAGUAACUUCAUAUUCUAAUCCCGGGAAACUCCUCUACACUUUGGAAAACUGUUGUCUCACCCCUGAGCAGAGGCAGUUUUAUGAGGAAAAUGGAUUCCUUCAUAUUAAGAAGUUGGUUUCCGAUGAAAAUCUGGACAUCUUUAACGAGGAAUUUGAAAAGAUCUGUCGAAAGGAAGUUGAGGUCCCAGGAAUAACAGUGAUGAGAGAUGUAACCAUUGCGAAAAAUGAGUAUGUUCCAGACAGCACCAGUCCGCACCAGACUGUUUCUAAGAUCCAAGAUUUCCAAAACAAUGAAAUACUUUUUAAGUACUGCUGUCUACCAGAGAUCUUGAAAUAUGUGGAGUGUUUUACUGGUCCCAACAUCAUGGCAAUGCACACCAUGCUAAUCAACAAGCCCCCAGAUACAGGAAAGAAGACAUCACGCCAUCCUUUGCACCAGGAUCUGCAUUACUUUGCAUUUCGGCCUGCAGACCUGAUAGUGUGCGCCUGGACUGCCAUGGUUAAGGUGGACCGCAACAAUGGCUGCCUUGUCGUGCUGCCGGGGACGCACAAGGGCAGUCUGAAGAAACACGUAUACCCUGACUGGCCGGGUGGUGUCAAUAAGAUGUAUUAUGGCAUCCAUGAUUAUGACCCCAAUCAUCCCCGGCUUCACCUUGAGAUGGAGAAGGGUGACACGGUGUUCUUUCAUCCUCUGCUCAUCCACGGAUCAGGAACAAAUAAGACUGACAGCUUCCGAAAGGCAAUCUCAUGCCACUAUGCCAGUGCAGACUGCCAUUACAUUGAUGUAAAGGGGACCUUCCAGGAGAAUCUUGAGAAAGAGCUUCUUGAAAUAGGGCAGAGGAAGUAUGAUGUUAGCAAAGAUAUGACUUUGGCGGAUAUCUGGUGUUUGAGAUCACGCCUUGUACAAGGAGAGAGAACCAAUCUGUGAAGUCGUUCUGUCUCUGAGUAACCACUAGAGGAUGCUAUGCUUGUGCAUCAACAUAUUUUACAUUGUUCGCUAUGACUGAUUAAUUAUUUUUCUUUGCAAAUGAUAAUCAUGUUCAAUAUACAUUGCAUGUUUGAGAAUUGUCUUCAAGUUUUCAUCAAUAAUUAUAACAUCAGUUACAAAGUACAGUAAAACUCAGACAACCCAGGGGCACCAGAAGUUCUGCAGAUGCUGGAAUCUGGAGCAAUACACACAGCGCUGGAGGAGCUCAGCAGGUCAGGCAGCAUCCGUGGAGGGAAAUAAACAGCCGAUGUUUUGGGCUGCGAUCCUUCAUCAGGACUGGAAAGGAAGAGGGCAGAAGGCCGGAAUAAGAAGGUGGGGGGAGGGGGAGGAG